UAAAACAAGACAAACUUAUUUAUAUCAAUCAGUACCCAUCUCAAGGCACUUUGCAGGGUAUCAAAACAAAUAAACAGCGUGAAAUGUUUGGCUAGAGCCGAGCGACAGCCUCCGGCCCUGGCGGAAAUAGUUGUAUGCAGUUUUAAAUUUGCGCCCGCGGAGACAGAUGCCGGCCAGAGGAAGCAGGGGCGACUGGCAAGGGGACCUGACCCAAGGCAGGUGAGGUGAGCUAAGCUGAGGUGAGGCCUGUGGAUUGGAACGGCGGAUCGGUCGGGGCCAUGGCGUUGGCUGCGUUAAAUGAAGACCACAAAAUGCAGCGUCGCUGCGCAGCUCUAAUUAAGUUAAACCCAGACACUGGCAAACAGAGGCCAACGCACACUCGUGCAUAGCGGGGUGUACGUGCUGGUGGCUCAAUAAUUAACUAACUGGCAAUAUAUGCAACGGGGCUCCAACAAGGACACCCACCCACAUCCUGCAUUCCAGCAAAUCCCUGCCAGCCACUCCCUACGGAGCACUAGCCUCUCACACACUUUGUUUACUGACAAGGACUCCAAAUGGCAUUGCACUUGAACUAUUUCUGCAUAUUUUAUUUUUAAAUUCCCAGAUCCCAGAUUGGAGAUUGUUUGCCUCUCUCUAUGCGCCGGCAAUUUGUUGGUGAGCAAGCAAAUUGAAUUAAAUUUAAACAAUUUCAUUUUAUUUUCGGACGAGAGCCAGUUGUUCCAGGCAAACUUGAAAAGAGACAACGUAGUCAUGUUCCUGUCGGGACUGCCGUUGGUAAUUUUAAUUGCCAGCCCGCCCAAUCCAUUUUUAGUUCCCCGGACCAGGUCCAGUUCGGUCUUCAAGUCCCACACAAGCAUUUGGCCCAAAAUACUUUCCAUCACCAUUGCCAUCGCUCAUCAGUACCACCCACCCCGGCCAAAAACCAAGGGAAAGGACCAACGACACAUGCAAAAGGAUGGUGGAUAAGGGAUGGGAAUGGAGGAACAGGGAUCAGGAAUCAGGGAUAAGGAGAGAGCACCGCCAGUCAGGUCUGCCGGCUACUUUUACAACAACAGCAACGAACACAACAAGCAACAUUUUAAUUUUAAAAUACUUUAUUUUAUUCUUUGUUA